AUGGCGCGAGCGCCCAAGGCGCCAGCGCGCAAGGCGCCAGCGUGCAAGGCGCCAACGCGCAAGGCGCCAGCGCGCAAGGUGCCAGCGCGCAAGGCGCCAGCGCGCAAGGCGCCAGCGCGCAAGGCGCCAGCGCGCAAGGCGCCAGCGCGCAAGGCGCCAGCGCGCAAGGCGCCAGCGCGCAAGGCGCCAGCGCGCAAGGCGCCAGCGCGCAAGGCGCCAGCGCGCAAGGCGCGAGCGCGCAAGGCGCCAGCGCGCAAGGCGCCAGCGCCCAAGGCGCCAGCGCCCAAGGCGCCAGCGCGCAAGGCGCCAGCGCGCAAGGCGCCAGCGCCCAAGGCGCCAGCGCGCAAGGCGCCAGCGCCCAAGGCGCCAGCGCGCAAGGCGCCAGCGCGCAAGGCGCCAGCGCGCAAGGCGCCAGCGCGCAAUGCGCCUGCGCGUUAA